CGUCUCGUACACUUUUGUGGAAAGCGAGCGUUUUCCAACACCAGUGGCAGAAACCACCAUCGUGACCACUUUUCAAAACGUACAAGAAUUAAUGUACCAAUGGAUGCCGCUGGUAUAUAUACAUUUGAGAAUAUCUCAGAUCUAUCCAACGUUAGUAAUUAAUUAGAAGGGUUGUUCUACGGUCCACAGUUCCUGAACCCGAUGUUGCACACACGUACGUGCUGGUCCUUGGUCAGACGUGUGGCUCAGACGCGACCGUGCAGCGGGACUGUGCGUUGGGGUCGUUGCGGGACGUAACUUGGGUUUCCUCGCCGCAGCAGCGUCGCCAUGGCAAAGCACCAUCCGGACAUUUGUGGGGGUCGGCAUUGGGGAGACGUGAAUGCAGGGACCACAACAUGGACAAGAGGGAGAUGGGUUUGGUAUGGUGUGGGUAUGAGCUCGGAUGGAUACUUUGACACUGAGGAGGACCUCAUCAUGUGCCGCAAGCAGUGCGGCAUUGCCAUCGGACGCCUCUGCGAGAAGUGCGACGGAAAGUGCGUGAUUUGCGACUCCUAUGUGAGGCCCUCUCAACUGGCACGGGUUUGUGACGAGUGCAACUACGGCAGCUACCAGGGGCGGUGCGUGAUCUGCGGCGGCGCAGGGAUCUCGGAUGCCUUCUACUGCAAGGAGUGCUGCCAGUGUGAGAAGGACCGCGAUGGAUGCCCCAAGAUCGUGAACCUGGGCACCGCCCGGACCGAUCUCUUCUAUGAGCGACCCUGGGAGGACCAAGCCGCAGUGGCCAAGAACCGCCAGGAGUUGAUGAUCGCCAUCGCUUUGGAGGGGCCGGGCACCCGGGAGCACCGAACUCGCGGAGGGUGCAUAAGUUCGGGGCCAUUUUGGGGACAGGCGUGCAUCUACAAGAAUGCCAUCCGCAUGACGAUGCGCCUGCAGAAGAACUGCCACUUCAAGAUUAUGCCAAUUAAUGUGAUAGAGACUGAGGUGCAUGACGUGGCCAUCUCCUGGGCUCAUCCGUUCGAAUGGCAGGUCGGUCAGGUGCUCUAUCACGGUCCGGCGGCGUUGAAGCUCCCGAUCCUCCGCUCCGGGGGCGGUCGCCACUGGGUCUCCUUGGCACAAGUGGUCUGGGUGUUUCAGCCCGCAGACUUGUGCCAGGUGGUCACCGGCCAAAGCUGGGACAAAGUGGCCGAAGGCGACGGCUCUGUCGGGCGCGAUUGGCAGCAGGCAUCAGUCCUUGGACGACCCCACAAGUCAAGGGAUGCCGGGAACCCGUUCGAUGUCUCCCGCUUGGACUUGCUCCGCUUGCUGGCGCGAUACGUGCAGGCCCAGUUGCAGCUCGUCGCCUCACUGGCCAAGGAGCGACAGAUGAACAGCAUCAUGGUUCGGGCCACAGAGGGAGGAGAUGGAGUCCGAAUUCUGAGCCUGCAGGGCACCCUCUUCCGCGGCAGCGGCUUAACCGCUGCUCAGCUCGGCUUAAGCGCCUCGCUCGCUCCGAGGCCCUCCAUCAUCCGCGCGAGCUUCUUCGAUUUGCACAUGGCCUUAUGGGUGGAUCGGCAUCCCCACUAUCAGGUGGUCGUGCCAGGGAACCUCAGGAAGUUGGACUCACUCAACGAUGCUGCAGAAGCGCACUACUCACGGCGCCCACUGGAGCCGUUGGAGCUUGGCUGUGGCUGCGGCACGGGGCGCCACACGGCGCGCACGGAGUUCGGUGCAGCGCUGGGCGAGCGCCCGGAGUUCAGUGCACGUGCUCUCGGAUGCUUGGAGAGGUUGGGAGGAUAUUCCUUCCAGACGGUGGGCUUGGGUGAGCCCUUUACCGGCGUGGGGAUGAAGCUUUUCCUCUAUGACAGAGCGCUGAAAGAGCUCGUCGGCCGGCAGAUACCAGCAAAUGAGCCGGUCUUGUUGUUGGAUGCGUGGGACACACUGAUCUUAGGCUCCGCAGAGGAGUUCUAUGCGAAGCUCGAAGACAUGGACCUUUUAGCCCAGAAUGCAAUUCUUUGUGGUGCCGAUCGCAUUUGUGCACCCGAAUACAAGAUGGCGCCCAAGAUGGAACGUUAUUUCCCCGACAUCGCAACUCCCUGGCGAUAUCCCAACUCGGGCUGUAUCUGUGGCUCUGCUGCAGCGGUGACCGCCUUCAUUCAUGGCCUGGUCCAUGGCACUGAAGGGGGAACCUACAGUGAGAAGGAUGAUGAUCAACUCAGAGUGCAAGAGUUCCUCCUGAACUGGGAGACCCGCGGCGUGCGAUAUCCCUUCCACUUGGACCACGAAUGCCGGAUGUUUCAGAACAUGGGCGAACCCGAGUGUGGUUGGGACUUCGAGCUGCAUGGAUCCGUUCCCCGCGUGCGCAACCUGCGGACGGGGCACCAGCCACUGGUCGUCCAUGGAUGCGGAGGGCAUGGCCGGUGGUUUCUCAGUGACAUCUACCGCGAAUUGGAGUUGCUGGAAUUUUUGGAUGUCAAGCCUGACGACUUGGCUUCUGUCCCCUAUGCUGGGCUGGUGGCCCCUGGAGAGCAGGUGACCGAGGAGCACUGGGUGGAGCAGCCGCCCUGGGAGUUUCCCUUCCAGGCCUUCGAGGUGAUCCGCGGCGCCGCGCUGCGGGAAGAGGCCGCCGAGGCUGCCGAGCUUCCAAAGAUAGGCCGCUUCGUCGCUGCGCCACACCGAUGCGCCACACUGGGGAUCACGUGCAUGUGUAGAUUUGAUCGGGGUCUGGGGGGUUUGGCUAUGGAGUGUAGGUAA